AGCAGUUCGGCAAAAAGAGCGUCCGACAGAAUAAGUACAAGACUUAAAACAAAAAAAACAAAAAAAAAAAACAAAAAGAAUAUUGGUGGGGGUCGAUUUGUUUGACUAAAUAUUUCCAAGUUGUGCCUGAGUAUGGUCACAGUCCAAUGACUGAAACAAGUAAAAGAUAAAAGAUAUAUAAGUAAUGUCACCGAAAAACAACGUGCGGAAUAUUCGUCUUAACACAUUAAAACUACUAAAUAAACAUGCUUAAUUAAUGCACAACAUCAGGGAAAGAUGGGAGACACAUUUUAUAAAUACUAUGAUCUCUAUAUACCUGAAGAGGUGCAGCCAUAUAUAGAACCAGGCUUUUAUGCAAUCCUAUUUGUGUCAGGUUCUGCCAUUCUGAUCAGCUUAUUCAACAGAGUACGCAUGCACCUGAAAGUCAAAACAGCUAUGAAUGAUGCCCGCUGUAGACGUGCAGAACAGCUAAAAUGCCUAAGACAAAGGCUACAGAAAUCAAGUCUUACUUUAGAAAUGAGGAACAAAAUUCUAUCACUGGAUAUUGUCCAUCUGCAGAAGUUUCUCAAAGAUCGCUCACUAAAAGCCAUUGAUGUCCUUCAUGCUUAUCAAUUCAAGGCACUUGAAGCUCAAGAGAAAAUCAACUGCGUAGUUGCUAUAAUUCCUGAUGCUGAGGAAUUAGCACUGAAAUGUGAUUCUCAACCAUAUGUGACCAAACCUCUUCAUGGAAUUCCAGUUAGUCUGAAAGAAACCAUAUUCCACAAGGGACUUCGAAUGACUUGGGGGUUAGGUUCCAGCCUGUUGUACCCACCUGCCACUGAUGAUUCAAAUCUUGUUAAGUGCCUGAAAGAUCUUGGUGCUGUUCCAUUCGUCACAACAAAUGUACCACAGGCUAUGUUAACGUAAGCUUUCAUUAACACC